UGCUAUGGGUUACCGCUAUACGAGUUAGCUAGCCCGCUUGCUAGUAAAUAACUGAGGGUAUUACGCCUUCUGAAAUAUUUUCUAUUGACUAGUUAAACUAUCAGACUGUUAGUUUGUCUGUCAAGGAAUUAAUGAUCUACUAUAAACCUUUAGAAUGGCCAGUAAACGAGCAAAAAGUGGAACCGCAGCACCAGUUGGCAGAAGCUGGGAAACAGAGCUCACUGCUGCGGUGUUUGACGAGGAGAGUUGGAGAGCUAGUGUGUCUGUGGUGGUGGGAGAGAAUGAGAUGUGUGUCAGCGCUCUUAAACAGGCUGUACAGCAACCACUACGGCGUCUCUUUACCCUCCUGUCCUGGGAGAGCACCCUGGAGAAGAUACACGAACUGGGCAAUCCAAAGGCAAAAAAAAACAAAGAUGUCCCUGUAUUUUAUGAGGUGACAGAGUUGGCCAAGUCAGCUCUGGAUGCAGGAGAAGCGCUCUCUGUGGACCUGACAGCUAAGCUGGUGAAGUUUCAACUACUGGCCAUUAAGAGCAGUGACCUGCAGCAGAGGGAAGCGUUACAGAGAGUUGCGGAGGAGAAGGUCAGGAUACUGAUGGGCACGGGCUCUUCUGCUCGAGAGAAAAGCGGGCCACCGGCCAAGGGUGCAGCUAAAGGUGAAAAGGGCAAAAAGACUUCUGAGGAUCCGCCCCCCAUCAAAGAAACCAAACUCAAACGCAGAGGAGAGGAGGACUACACAGAUAAAUACAUCGACGAUGAACCAGAUGACGGCCCUCACCACUACGUCCUGAUAACAGGGUUCCACCAGCCGUGUCUGAUCUCAGCAUUAGACUCCCUGGGGGUCCACGUGUCCAAUGUUAUCAGACUGAGAUCCGACAGGCCAGAGAGAUCUGAUGCUCCUCAGGAACUGACGGCACCCGACACUCCCCAGCCUGCCACUGAGCAACAGAAUGGUGCAGCCCUGAGCGGGGGUGAGAAGCAGGAUCUGGACGUGUUCUGGGAUCAGCUGAACUGGGUGCUCAACAGUGGUGGUGUGGGCUCCACACUCUGGGACGUAGCGAGGCUGGACUACAGGGUGGAACCAAGCCUGCUACCCCCUGAUCCAGGCAGCAGUGUGGCCAUGCAAGCCCUGGGCAUGGCCCUGUUUCAGGGCGUGGCAUGUUUGCUGUAUGAUAGCUUGGAUUGGAGAAGGCAGCAUCAGCACUAUCUCAGAUGCAUGCGACUGAUUCCUGUGCCGGUGGCAGGUGGAGCCGAGUCCCUCCCUCACCCCCAGGCUCCACAAACUCAAACCCCACAAAUCACAAAGAAGAAGCCAGUGGCUAAGGAGAGUCCUGCAGAAGCACAGCGCACGGCAGUUCGAGAGCCUGCGUGUCUCAGCACUGAUGUGGACAUGAGGCUGUACCGGAGUCUGCUGGACCCGCUCCCGGUGCUGGUCCAAUCUGUGGCCCUCAUAUUACACUGCAUGCUGGAACAGGUAGUGACUGCAGAACAGGAAGUUCUAUCUGGAUCAAAUGAUUCUGAGCAGUGCUCUGAUUGGUCAGAGCAGGAGCUAACCAGUUACAUGCUGUCAUCUGUGCUGAGCCUGCCACGUUCAGAGGAGGAGAAACGGAAACUGAUGGAGGAUUUUGGGAUGAGGGAGCAUAAUCAAAUGAAGAGUGCAGAGAGACAUCCUACCCUGCUGUAUUACCAUGACCACAGAGCGAGGAGACUUCACCAGCUCCCUGUGUGGAGUGGGUUGGAUGUGUUCAGUAUAGAAGCAGCCAUGAUGGAGAAGACUGUAUUGUGGGACAGGCUGAUGUCUGAACACCGUGACUGUACCAGUACAGACCUAGCCAGGCGACACCAGCUUCUCCAGACCUGCUCUGAUGAUUCUCUGAGCUGCUCUACAGUUCAGAGACUACUGCAGCUGUAUGUGUUUGAGAGCAUGCCUCUGAUAACGACAGAUGCUAACGGUCACCUCAUACGACCUCUGCCGGGGUCGCUGACCCCUUUGCCCUGGGACGACCCCGUCGCCUACGCACAACACCUCUACAGGAACCUUCGCAGGACACAAGGGUCUUCAAGAGACGUCACGGGAGGUGAAGACCAGAAGGUAGAAAACGACGUGUCUGCAGCGCAUCUGCAGAAGACGCUGACUCGGCGCUUGAGAGACCGGCAUUGCACGGAACACCACAGUCCCGCAAUCUUCCCACAGGUCCUAGAGAAAGCGUGCGAGGAGUACAGAUGCACAGACGUGCUCCACAGUGGCGUUAACAACGCCACCUUCCUCAUUUGCCACAAUCCCAUGAGCUCGGAGAGGUGCAGCAGGGAAUCAUGGGAAGGCUCUGUCCACACUGACGUUGGAUUCAGGUGGCAUUUCCUGGAACAUGUGGCCAUGAGCUACCAGGAGGAGCAGAGGCAGCAGCAACGAGGAGACUCAGGGACGCCGAGACGUCUCCCGUCCGCCCGGACGCACACCAACCCAGAAGCACCUGUGGUCUGGUCCGGCCCCGAGGACGCCGAGCCUCACGUACGACAGGGUUCUCUCAAAGCGUGGAAGCAACAGGUGAAGGAGGAGGAGCUUCACAAAAACACCAGGAAGGAGGGAAAGGGAACGCCCUCUGCUAAGGGCGGAGACAGGGGCGCCCGAGAGAACAGGAAGAUUCAGUCCAAAACACCAGAAUUUGCCAAGCAGCCAGAGGGCGACCUUGAGACACCCCAAGAAAACAAACCCGUUCUUAUAGGCUACAAUAUGGACGGUAGGGUGGUCCAGGUGAGAGGAGAGACACAGUGUCUUUACCCCACAGACGGAGGCCACAUUAGUGUGGACAGAGUUCACUUUGUACAAGGCUCAACACAGCUGAGAGUGUGUGUGAAAAAAGACCACCAUCACUUCUACACAUAUGUCUCACAACAGCAGAGACAGAACAGCAGAGACGCUCAGGGUCAGUCAGGUUGUUUCUAUGGAGUCCUGCACAGCGGCAUUCAGCUCUCUUACAGCGGCACGCCACUGACCACGGAGACGGGACCCAUGGAGACAGGAGCCAUGGAGACCGGAGCCAUGGAGACCAGGGCCACAGAGACGCGCUUUAUACCCCCGACACACACACAGCAGGCAGACGAGUGUGGGUGUGGCAACAGCGCCCCCCUCAGGCUCCAUCUCUCCCUCCCCACUGGCCUCCAGAUCAGCUUUGGGUUUGAGGAGACAGAAGGAGGCCAGGCUGUACUGGUCAGGCAGCAAGCGCCCCCUGCUGGCCAUGGAUCUUCCACUGCGCUCCUCUCCAAACACACUGAGCUCUCACGCACCAUUACUGGCCUCGGUACAGUCAUUAGACACAUGAGAGAUGGCUCUACUGAGGUGCUGUUUGCAGAUGGUACGGUCAGUGGUAGUCCAGACUCCGGGCCAGUGUGUGUGCUGGUUCCUAGCUCCGCCGCACAGGAGGACAGAGACACACACACCGAGAGCAAAGACAGGAAGGGAAAGGUCACCUCUAAGUCCACUACGGGGACAGACCUGAUGGAGCCCCUCAAGGAGGAGCACAGGCGCCCCCUGGUGGUGGCAGGUGGCUCCUGGACCACCACCACCCCGUCUGGCUUCAGGGUGGCGUCCACUGGGGGUGGACGGAGGGAGGUGUCGCCCGUCCGGACCUACCGUGCCACAGAUCCCUUCAGUCAGAGCGUUGUGAUCACCAGGGACAACCGAGUCCUGUCUGUGCUGGAGAAGGAUGGGACAAUCGCAGUGGACCACGCAGAUGGAACUAGAAUGACCACCUUCUACCAGCAGAGGGACCUCCCACAGCACCAGAGCUCAGCAGGGGGCAGCACUGAGUGCAGAAGGGAGAAGAUUGUGAGGGUGGAGAGUGGUGGGCUCACCACAGUGACUGUGAACUGUGACAGCAGAAACUGUGAGGUUCUCUUUGGGGAUGGAACCGUUGUCACCGCUAGUGCCCGCGGGUCCUACAGGGUGUGUCCCAGUGGGGGCGGUGAGCUUCAUAUUGGUGAGGAUGGUCUGGCUGUGUACUGCUCUAAUCCAGGUGGACUUGGACCUGAAGGAGACCAGCCUGGUCAGUAUGUCAUGAGCCACAGUGCAGGUGUGCUCUGUCGGUUCACUGACCCAGACGGAAAUUUGUAUCAGGUCUCUGCUGAUGGCCAGGCCUCCAUCAGGACCUCCAGAGAUACCGAGCUUGAGAGAGACACAGAGAAAGGGACGAGCUCUCAGGACACACACCCACCCCGCAGUUCACGCGGUGCUCGGAUUUGUGGCCAUGGAGCUGUCCUUGUCCUCUCUGACAGGAUGUUCGUGAUGGCUCAGGACGGCUCAGGCACAGAGUUGCUCUCUGCUCAGUCUGUCGCGGAGCUUCUGAACGAGGCAUAUUCAGACCCUGCGGUGGCUGUGAUCCGUGAUCCUCUACCAGACACAACAGACGUGGUGGGAAUCACAAUCCUCCAACCCUUCCCUGCAGACCUGAGCUCCCAUUGGCUUAUACCUAAACAACAGGAUGACAUCAUUCCAGCCAACCUGAAAUCCAGGAAAUGGGACACGUUCCCUGUCUCUGGGAAGCAUCGCAGGGCUCAGACAGGAGCGGUUCUGGGUGGAGAGGGAGCCAGAACCCGGAUGGGUCCAGACCCACAGACGCCUGCGGCUCUGCUCGCACGCCAGAUCUCCAAACACCCACCACUGACUCACCAGCUCCACGGAAAACUGCAGGAGAAACUCCUGGUGUAUAUAGAGCAGCUGGUGCAGAAGGAGAGGUUGAAGGAUGAGAUAGAGUUGAAAGAGCCUCGGACUGUCCAGGAGAGAGUCCAGCAAAGUCAGCUCCUACAGCUCCUACUGUCUCUGCCUGACUCACAGCGUCGUCCAGUUACCAUGGAGACAAGGCCUCUGUCUGCAGACGUGGUCUCCCUGUACUCUCAGGCUAUGCUAGCUGAGUGUCCCCUCACUCACCCACAGGAGCAGGACACAUCAGAGCGGUCCUGUGGUGGAGGUGCUGGCCAACAGAAACAGGGAUGUGUGUGGAAGAGCAGGGUUACGCAACACAGGUAACGAUGCACUGCUUCUCCCCAGCUACCUGGUGUGAGCAUGUCAAUAAACAGGAAGUUUGGCAUGCUGAUAGGUUAAAGGUCAACGCUAGGCUACAAGGCAGCAGUGUUGCUAGGCUACAGGGCAGCAGUUUUGCUAGGUUACAAGACAGCAGUUUUGCUAGGUUACAGGGCAGUGGUGUUACUAUGAUACAGGGCAGCAGAGUAGGAGUGUUGCUAAGUUACAGGGCAGCAGUGUUACUAUGAUACAGGGCAGCAGAGCAGGAGUGUUGCUAGGUUACAGGGCAGCAGUGUUACUAUGAUACAGGGCAGCAGAGCAGCAGUGUUGCUAGGUUACAGGGCAGCAGUAUUGAAGUAUAACAGCUCCAUCCUCACU